AUGCCUUCAGGUUCAGCCACCCUCGCAAUCAAGGCGGCCGCCGUCGCUGCCGUCCUCGCCGUGCUGGUGCUGCCUUCCUCGGCGCGGUGUCCAUCGCAGGGCCCAGAACCAGUACCAGCUGCAACGCCGGCGCCGGCGGUGGAAUGCAACUGCAGCUACUGCAGCCCGAAGUGCGACGCCUCCGUUGCCCAGGAAUGCAGCCCGGUCUGCGGCCCUUCCAGCUGCGCCGACUGCAAGUCCGACGAGGUCAAGAGGUGCAGGGCCACCUGCAAAGGCAAGCCCUGCGACGCCUGCGACAGCAACGCCAACAUGGCGUGCUCCGGCGUUUGCUAUGGCAGUACAUGCUCCGACUGCAAGAGGCAAACCAGCAAGGAGUGCGUGGCCGACUGCUGCGUGGCCGCCUGCGGAGGAGGAAAAUCAUGA